CACUUAUUUAAGUGCACUACGCUCUCUGAAGUUCGAUAAAAAUUGAUAAGAAUGCAUUGUACGAGCCGUACAUAGCAUUAUAUCGUAGACCUUUGAGCUUAUUAAACGGCUCAACGUGGUUAUUGUGUAAAUUCAUGUAAACAAAAUAAACUUCAUGAAAUAUGAGUGCGAAAAACGAUGUUUUGCAAGUGGUUAGUGGCUGGGACGCGGUGGAAUUAGUGCUGAAAUGUUUGUUCCUUGGAAUGUGGCAAAUUUUGAAGAUCCUAGUCAAAAACUUAUGGAAAGGUCACCGCAGAAAAUUGUCAAAGAAUUUUCCACCGGUUGAGAUGUCAGUGGACGCUAGUGUGGGGACGCACUGCCAUAUCAAAAUAAUGGGAGUAAAAUAUCACUACGUAGAAACAGGCCCUAAAUCGGGGCAAAUGAUCCUUAUUCUCUGCGAUGCCCCGGAGACCACCGACCUUUGGGCUCCGAACUGGUCGAGCAUGGUCCAGACCCUAACAGAUCAUGGCUAUCACAUAAUAACUUUAGACCUCCGAGGGACUGGCGGCAGUGAGGGAGGGAGCCGAAGAGAACUGUCACCACCGAGGGCUGUUGAGGAGCUAUCCAAUCUGAUGGAAGCUUUAGGGGCGUCUCCGAAGAAGCCUGCCAUUGUGAUUGGCUUUGGAAUUGGAGGGAUGCUAACUUGGUACUUAGCGCACUGCUAUGGCCCGAUGGUCAGUAAGUUCGCGGUCAUAGAAGCGCCCCAUCCUAAUUUAUAUUGGGAAUUCCCACCAGCCAAGUUCUGCCGAGAAGCCCUCCAUUUCAUCCAGUGGCCCUAUUUUCCCGAGCAAUGGUUGGCGGAGGGCGAACUGUGUGAGGGAGAAAACGGACGCUGGCUCAACUCGCGGGCCCGCGACUGGAGGGGACCGCUCAAUUAUAUAAGAGGCGCUGCUUGGUGGCGGAUAUCGUCUGAAGCCCGCGUGGACGCCGCGGCACUGCUGAUCGGGGAGCAACACUCCGCCGCCAUGCUGGUCAGAAGUGCCGCACACUGCACCCGACCGGCCCUACGUCUGCUGCCUCAUCUGCACCCCGCCCUGCCCGGUUUAUUACUCGAAUUUCUGAUAGAAAAGGACACGAUCAAAUCGAAUCCAGAAGAAGUCCCUAAGAGUCUAAUGGGUCGCGUCCUGGGAGCGGUGGCCGAACGCGCGAGGCUCGUGUUGCCGCCGCACGCCGUGCAUCUGUCAGCUGUCACUUCGUAAUGACUGCUUGUCAAUAGAAACAAACAUCAAGUUCAUUAAAGGAUUAUGUAAAUGAGUUUCAUUUACCUUCACAAAAUAUAAAGUCUGUGUGCCGGAUUAUAGUUGAUAUUUUAGAUUAAGGGUAUUACAUUCAAAUUAAAAGCAACUGUAUGUUCCUAGUAUGUAUCUUUAGAGUUUAAUCCAAAAAAAUUAAAGCCUUUUAACUUAUCAAAAUAAUCGGGUAAUAUUGUCAAAUUCCAACAUUG